AUAUAACAUCGAUUUGGCUUGCAGCUCUGUUGGCGGAUUUGUGCACCGCGUUACAUCAUUUAUAGAUAAAUUAUAGGCAAAAUAAACGGGAUUUGUGCAGUGCCAAGCGACAAAACAAACAAUCAGCUGUAGUUGUUAGAAAUGUGCAUGGAACGUUGACAAGUGGAACGCGAUUUCAUAACAAAGCAAAGCAACCCACAAAGGCAACAUCAACGUGAACUUGCGGGCUGCGUGUUUUGGAUCGCGUUCGCCGGAAACAUAAACAUACGAUGAGCGAAAGCACUAAUCAGUUUUGUGCCACUGAUUUUUGAGUAUUUCUCCCAAAAACAACGACAAACAGAAACCAAAAAAAAAAUUAAAUAUAAAUAAAUAAUUGUGAAAAUCAGAUCCAAGAACAAAAACAGUAACCAGAAGCCGAUAUCGAUACCGAUAACCCAAAAAAAGUCAAUACCAAAAUCAACGUGCACUUUUAUCGUUAUCAUUUUGAAGUAAUCCUUAUUUUGACUUUUUUGUUUUAAAUUUUUGCUAAGUGUGGUGCGCGUGGCCACGGGGCAAGGGGUAAGGGAUUCCUCCAUAGGCUACAUACCUUUUGUUUUGUAUCAAAAUUCUCUCUCAUUUAUCAAAUUGUAACGCAACCAUAACCAUAAUAACAAAUGGCGGCCUACCUGAAUCGCACCAUUUCACUGGUGACUGGCCAAACGGGCCCCAACGAUAACGAUAAAAACUCUACGGCCACGGACACUGUUGACGAUUCCCGUCACAAUCUAUCGCUGCAAACGUCCGCAUCAUCGACAUCGGCCAACUUCAAUACCAUGUCUGACAAUCGCAUGUAUCAAUCAAAUGAUAAAUCACCGCUUCAGAUAUUUGUGCGAGCCAAAAAGAAGAUUAACGAUAUUUAUGGUGAAAUCGAGGAAUAUGUUCUUGAAACAACAACCUUUAUCAAUGCUCUUCAUGCGGAUGCUGAAAUUGUGGACAAGGCGGAGCGGGAACUGUUUGAGAGCUAUGUGUUUAAGGUGGCCGCCAUACGUGAGGUACUGCAGCGGGAUCACAUGAAGGUCGCCUUCUUUGGCCGCACCUCCAACGGCAAGAGUUCGGUCAUCAAUGCCAUGCUCCGGGAGAAGAUCUUGCCCAGCGGCAUUGGUCAUACCACCAACUGUUUCUGCCAGGUCGAAGGCAGCGAUGGCGGCGAGGCGUAUCUCAUGAAAGAGGGCUCCGAUGAGAAGCUCAACGUGGUGAAUAUCAAACAGCUGGCGAACGCUUUGUGCCAGGAGAAGCUCUGCGAGAGCAGUCUGGUUCGCAUCUUUUGGCCACGGGAACGCUGCAGUCUAUUGCGAGAUGAUGUUGUGUUUGUGGACUCGCCGGGCGUUGAUGUCUCCGCUAAUUUGGAUGAUUGGAUUGACAAUCAUUGCCUCAAUGCCGAUGUCUUUGUGCUCGUCUUGAAUGCCGAAUCAACUAUGACGCGUGCCGAGAAGCAAUUCUUUCACACCGUCUCCCAGAAGCUAUCGAAGCCCAAUAUCUUUAUAUUAAACAAUCGCUGGGAUGCAUCGGCCAAUGAGCCGGAGUUUCAGGAAUCGGUUAAAUCGCAGCAUACGGAGCGUUGCAUCGAUUUCCUAACCAAGGAGCUGAAGGUCAGCAACGAGAAGGAGGCAGCGGAGCGUGUGUUCUUUGUGUCGGCUCGGGAGACGCUCCAGGCCCGCAUUGAGGAGUCCAAGGGUAAUCCACCACAUUUGGGCGCCAUUGCCGAGGGCUUUCAGAUCCGCUACUUUGAGUUCCAGGACUUUGAGCGCAAAUUCGAGGAGUGCAUCUCACAGAGUGCCGUCAAGACGAAAUUCCAGCAGCACAGCUCGAGGGGUAAAAGCGUGUCCGGUGAUAUGCGUUCCAUGCUGGACAAUAUCUAUGAGCGCAUCACAAUCUUUCGUAAUCUGAAACAGGAUCAAAAGAAUUUGUUAACGGAACGCAUUCAAGGCACAGAGACACAAAUGAUGCAAGUCACACGUGAAAUGAAGAUGAAAAUCCAUAAUAUGGUCGAGGAGGUGGAGGAGAAGGUGUCCAAGGCAUUGAAUGAGGAAAUCUGGCGUCUUGGCGUUCUCAUCGAUGAGUUCAACAUGCCCUUCCAUCCGGAACGGCUUGUGCUCAACAUUUACAAGAAGGAGCUCAAUGCCCAUGUGGAAAGCGGCUUGGGUAGCAAUCUCCGGGCACGUCUAUCCAUGGCAUUGGCCAUGAACGUGGAGGCGGCACAAACCGAGAUGACAGAUCGCAUGCAUGCACUGGUGCCGAACGAGCAACUGCUGAUAAAUAGCUCAAAGAUGGUGGUGCGCACUCAACCCUUUGAGAUGCUGUACUCGCUGAACUGUCAGAAUCUGUGUGCCGAUUUUCAGGAGGAUCUCGAGUUCAAGUUCAGUUGGGGCAUUGCGGCAAUGAUACAGCGAUUCACGGGCAAAGUGCGUGAACGAAGCAAAAAGCAAACACCCGCCUUGGUCAAUCGUCAGAGCAGUAUUGGGCACACUGUGGUUACACCUGUGAGCACACCCGUGGAGACGACACCCGUUUGUCUGCUGCCCACGCCGGGUGUGGGCGGCAUUACGCCGGAACAGUUGUCGAUUAUAUCAAGAUUUGCCAUGUCCUCGAUUGGUUCACAGGGCACCGUUGGCGGUCUCGUUGUCGCUGGCGUCAUGCUGAAAACCAUCGGCUGGCGUGUCCUGGUUGGCAUCGGUGCUCUCUACGGCUGCAUCUAUCUCUAUGAACGCCUGUCCUGGACUAACUCGGCCAAGGAGCGCACCUUCAAGGGACAAUAUGGGCGACAUGCCACCAAGAAGCUCAAAAUGAUUGUGGAUCUAACAUCGGCCAAUUGUAGCCACCAAGUGCAGCAAGAGUUGUCGAGCACAUUUGCCCGUCUGUGCCGCACGGUUGACACCGCCACCACCGACAUGAAUGAGGAGCUGAAGACGCUCGAGGCGCAGCUCAAUGUGCUGGAGGCGAAUCAGAAGCAAUUGAAGUUGCUGCGCAACAAGGCCAACUAUAUACAGAAUGAGCUGGAUAUCUUUGAGCACAACUAUAUAGCGCCGCAGUAGAAAUCGAGGAUGAUGAUGAAGAAGAACAACUAGAGUUGCAUCACUGAGUUGAAUUCACUGAGAUCAAGCUUUAAACAAACACACAGAGACAUAAACUCAAGACGAUAUAAACAACAAACACGACGACAACAACAACUAGAACAGCAACAACAACUCGCACUCCUCCUUUCCCCUCAACGCUACAAAUAAGAGCAAUUAUGUAAAUUGUAAUUAC